CAAUUGCAGGUUUAAACUCAAGGCAUGAUGUCAUUGUCUUCAGAACGCUGUGAGAGUGUAAUGCCUCUUACUUGUUACAACAGUGUCCGUCAAUUGUUUUUCCACUGACGUUCACUCAACCAAAGUAACAUCAUGGGUAACCUUCACUGCUGCUUUCAAGACACUGAUGAAAGUGCUUGGAAGCAACAGAACAAGGAACUGGGGCAGAACCCAGCCUACAGCUUUGCGGAUCUUGCCAAAGGAGGAAGACUGAUUGAAGCGUACGACAAAGAAGGCCCGGCAAAAGUUGAGGAGAUUGCUAUCAACGAAAUGUCAUCUUUCUUUUAUCACGAAAAUGGAGACAAGCAUAAUAUAUCAAAAGAAGAAUUUCUACAGUGGCAGUGGAAACUCACCCAGAGAAUAAAGGGUUUGGACGACACUGAAAAGUUGUCAUGUGAAAAAUUAAUGGAAACCUACGAAGAGGAUUACUUCAAUAAAUUCACUCCUCAUUACGCAUGCUGGGAUCUGAAUAAGCGUGGUGGUGUUGGGGAGACACCGUUUCAUCUUUUGUACCUCAUGGAUUCGCCGAUCCAUUUUGAGGUUGCAAGAAUUCUGUUGAAGCUCUACCCUAACCUGGCUCUGGAUGUUUACGAGGGAGAAGAAUACUAUGGUGA